ACGCUGAUUAGCUGUUCCUUCGUGAAACGAGAAUGCAGGCGAGUUGAGAUGAAACGAGGAUGUUGGGGAUGUUGCCAUGGCGACAGGAAGCGUAAACAAGGCUAGCGGCGGUGGUGGUAGUGGUGGUGAUCAGAUAAGGAGCUCUACCUGGGGAGGUCUACCGUGAUAAGGUUGCUGAGUUGACCUAAAGCAGAGAAGUACACAAUGGCUAUCCCUGAGCCCUCUGAGCAAGACUGGGGUGAGAAAGACAGCGAGAGUUUUCUGACCGAUCCUGAAGAACUCUGGGAUCGACUGCCCCAGCCUUACCGCAUGAUCGACAAGGUCCUAGACAUAUUACUAGGCACGGCCUGGGAAUCGAUCCUGAAAAGAGAAACAGCCAGGAGUGCAUCCCAGAAGAAGCAUCCUAAUCUCAUGCUGUCCGCUGAUACACAGCUCCCAGAGUGCACCAGCUGCCUGGCGUGCUCAGGCGACGGCCGGUAUCUGGCCGUGGGUCACUCCCAGGGGGUGUCUGUGAGCUGCGCCGUCUCCCUGGCCUGCGUCUCCUCCUGGCUCGAGGACGGGCUGGACAUCACCGCCAUUCGGAUGACGGGCGUCGGCCAGGAGGCCUAUCUGAUCAGCACCGUGGAUGAUAUGGGUGUCGCCAGAGUCUUCGCACUUAGCGCUGAAAAGAUAUACCUACUCAAGAUCAUCAACAAGACGGAAGACAUCAACCAGAGAAAUGUGUGCGUGACCUUUGACCUUUCUGAAGGUGGCGAUUUCGGAGCGGUGUUAAUGAGCUGCAAUGGUGCUUUUUGGUUGGACAUCUAUCAUUUCCCCCUAAAAUCCUGGCUUGCAGACUUGAAGCAGGCAGCACCUCAGUCCCAGAAGCCGACAGGUGGAGAUGUUAAUUGGACUCAUUGCUCAGUGCUGAUGAAGAUCACCUCAGGCAAAUUACCAACAGGAAAAACACUUCAGAAUCCAGCGGAGCUCUUAAAGAAAGCAGAGCAAGGCGGUGGUAUGGGUUCUGGACAGAACCACAUGAUCGGUGUUCACCAGUGGAAGGAUCAAGACGCUGCGUUCAGGUCCAAGUACGGGUCCAAUUCAGACCACGUGGGAACCCAGCCUUGCCUUGGCAGCAUGCACUUCCUGCAGCUGUGUGGAGUGGCGACUGGUUCAGGUGCAGAAGCGACGACCACCCACACAGGUGAGGUGCCAGAGUCUAUUUGCCUUUGGUGGACGGGCAGCCAUAACCUUCUCCAGUAUUCCCUGUGCAAGGCAAAGGAUAAACACGAUGUGGAUCCUAGACCAGCCAUGCUGUGGCCCAACGCUCAGGAGAUCGUCUGCUCCGCCAUCAGCCAAAGCAGUCGCUACAUCGCCCUGGGUCUGGAGCCGGACCUGGUCUCAGUCUGGGACAGGCAGACAGGCUCGCCCCUGUCUGUGGUGGUGGUGUCGGCGGCAGACAGUGUCCUCACUCGGGUGAUGUUUGUGGAAGGCGGAAUCCCUGCAGCGUUUUCCCGCCGGGUGCACCUGGUGGUCUCUUGUAGGAGCGGGACCACCCUCACGCUCACCGCCGGCGCCUCGGCAGCCGUCAGCGGCGCCGAGACCCUCGGAGCUAGACCGGGGGAGGCUGGCCGCCGUCCUUCCGCCAUCACAUCAGUGGCUUUCCUGCUGGGCCUGACUCUCGUGCUGCAGAGAAACGGAGAGUUGUUGAUCCUAGACGCCAUCAAUAAAGCUACGGUGUGCUGUUUGAUCGCCCCGGCCACUCAUCUCCUAGCUUGCCCCCUGGAUCCUGUGUUUACCCUGGAUACCGUGCGUCAAACCCUGUUCAUGCGAGGCGACCAACUGACAAGUCAAAGGUCUGAGGUGCCAGAAAGGAUUCAGAGUCAUCUGUUGGUUUUCCGGUUCGGAGAUCAUCCUCUCUUCAAGCCACACAUGGUGGCACCUGGAGGCUCUGUCCAGCCAGUGACAAUGAUCACCUUGGACACUUUGGAGCAAGCUUGCAAUCGCUACCUUCAGCAUAGGUCGCUGGAGAACCCAGGAGAACGUGCACAAGGUCGGGAAAAGGACGAGCCUGAACUCGCAAAUAAAGCCCGCCUACACACCGGAACCCCGUUGAACACCGAACAAACCUUUGGCAAACAAAAGCCCUUUUCGUUUACGAUGUGGAGAUGA